AUGGGAGUGGGGACUAAAGUGAACCGAACAGACCCCGUUUUACAACAAGAUGAAGAACAGUUAAGGAAUUCUGGGGUUCUGAACCAAAACACCGCUCAAGGGCUCUCUGUGUGUUUUUUUUAUAAUUGCAAACUUUUUGCUUUUAGAGCAAACGAUGAGCACCGCAAUUUGGAUGUCUCUCAAUUUUCCAUUAAUUAUGACCACGAAUCUGGUUUGAAAUACUUGGAAUUUAAGGGAAGAUCCUGUAAAAAUGUCCAAGGAGGACUAAAGCACAAAAAGGUUGAAACCAAAAAUAUUCAUCAUUUUGAGCAGCCUGAAAACAAGCGUUGUGUGGUUAAAGUUUAUGAAAAAUAUCUCAGUUUGAUUCCUUAUUCUGGUGCAUUCUACAGGAGACCCAUGGAAGGAAAUGUUCUUAAAUUCAGUUCACAAGUUAUUGGUGAAGAGAAAUUGGGUGGAAUGAUGAAAAAUCUGUUUUCGGAAGCUGGAAUUGAUACAACUGGAAGGAAAAUUACAAAUCAUUCGGGUAUAGUAGGCUGUUGCACAUUUUUAUUUAACAGCGGUUUUGAUGACCAAACUGUUCGAUCUAGAAGCGGUCACAGGAGUUCAGCAGUUGAACUAUACAAACGCCCGCUAAAAGAUCUCCAGCUUAAAUGCGCCAAUGGUGAAAGAUGA